CCAUUCCUGUCCUCCAUCAUCGCGCCCAAGAGGAAUCCCCAGCUAGCAGCAAUCGUCAACUUCCCCCGCGCUAACCUGUCCGUAGGCUGCAGAGCAAAAUGGUACACCAGAGCAAGACCGCGGCCGUGGCGCUGUUCCUGAUCGCCGCGGUGGUGGCGGCCGCGUCGGUUCCGGCGGCGAGCGCGUUCGGCUGCUACGACGACUGCUACGAGCGCUGCGCCAACGGCAAGCAGGACCCUGCCUGCGUCAAGAUGUGCAACGAGGCCUGCGGCGGCAUCGGGAACACGGUCCUCGGAGGGGCCGCCGCCGUGGCCGGUGCAGGGGCCGCCGUCGUCGGCGCGGGAGCCAACGUCGUAGGCGCCGGGGCGAGUGCCGUCGGUGCCGGGGCGAGUGCAGUCGCCGGCGGGGCCGCCGCGCCCACUGCAUGAGCGCACGCGCGUGCUUGCGCGGGGCGUUCUACUUGAUCUGAUUCCUCUACAUGCGCAUGCAUGCAUGCAUGACAUCGCAAAUCGAACAUACACGUACGAUCGACAAUAAUCAACUAAACGAGAAGUGACCGUCAUCGAGUUUUUUGAUUCGUUCCAAAUGCUUGCGUGCUAUUUCAUUACAAUCUUAAUUUGGUUCCCAAUAGAUGUGUGAGUAUUGUAUUCAUAUAUGUAUUGUUGUUGUAACUUCUAUGUAUAUGUCAAUAAGUUAAAGGUUCCAAAGUUAGCAUAA